AAGGCAAGGGCUGGAUCUGUUCUAUUACCUCUUUUCUAGUUUCAGUCACAUAGAUCAUGGCCCUAAAGCUGAUCAAAACUCUGCAGGACCCUCAGCUGGUGGCCCAAUUCCAGAGGUUUUGUGGCUUGACCCUACAGCUGAAGGGUGAGGCUAAUGGGGUGGCUGUAGGGCAUACCUCUUUAAAUUGCCAUCAGGGAGCCACAGAGAAGACUGCAGGAGGCAAGGGUGUUCCCCAGGAAAAUGGUCACAAGAGCUACAAUGGAUCAUAUGCAAAUGGAACACAUAGGCAGGAACGGGUCCGAAAGUAUGUUGUGCGAAAAUACUUGCUGUAUUACCUCUUCAGAUUUGCUGCUGCUCUGGGACAAGAAAUAUUUUACAUCACAUUCCUGCCUUUCACCUUCUGGAACAUCGACUCCUUCAUCGCACGGAGGCUGGUUGUUGUCUGGUGUAUUGUCAUGUACAUAGGUCAAGGUUCUAAAGAUCUCUUAAAGUGGCCUCGUCCUUCCUCUCCUCCUGUGGUGAAGCUGGAAACCAGGGUGGAAGCUGAAUAUGGAAUGCCAUCAACUCAUGCUAUUGCUGCUACUUCAAUUUCCUUCACUUUCUUACUGGCCUCCAUCGGGCGCUAUCAGUUCCCGCUUGUCCUGGGAUUCGGAGCUGCACUCUGUCUUUCUACUCUGGUGUCCCUUAGCCGCUUGUAUACAGGGAUGCACACAGUGCUGGAUGUUAUUUGCGGAGCUUUGAUCGCCCUGUUGUUUCUAGCAGUUACUUUUCCCAUGUGGGAUUUAGUUGAUCAUCAACUUUUGACAAACUCCCUUUGUCCAGUGGCAGCAGUCAUUACUGGUUUCUUUCUGAGCUACAACUACCCAGAGCUGGAUCACUACAGCACCACCAGGGCAGACACAACCGUCAUACUGGGUGUUGGAGCAGGGAUCUGUGUAGGUGUCUGGUUAACCAAUCAAAUGGGCCUUACUUACAUUCCAGCUGGUGAUUUCCCACUGACUAUCCCACCAAUGACCUUUAACAUGUUACUCAAGUUCAUAGCGAGAUUUAUUCUUGGUGUUGUCCUUCUGGUUGUCACAAGGUAUAUUUCUAAAACGUUGUCUCUUAAAGCACUUGGCUCAUGGUACAAGGUUUCAACACAUGACCAGUUGGUGAAGCAAAGGCUUGAAAUCGAGGUUCCUUAUAAAUUUGUGACAUAUCUAUCUAUUGGAAUUAUAGCUACAGCUAUUGUUCCUUGGCUCUAUUACAUGUUGGACCUGGAAGUAUGA